ACUGUUUGGGGCCGCGAACUUCCUCAUCGUUCCCAACAAAAGUAAAACUUCGGGACCUGGGGGGAGCCGGAAGUACCGCCUUGCGAUCCCCAAAUACUAUCGGGGAAACGGAAGUGACCAUCGGUGGCAAGUUGGGGGAGACCGGAAGUGACGAGAUCUAUCUGCGAUGGAGCCCACUGAUAGUACCAGUACCACUUCCAGUAUGGAGGAGCCUGACAGCCUGGAGGUGCUGGUGAAGACCUUGGACUCUCAGACUCGGACAUUUAUUGUGGGGGCCCAGAUGAAUGUAAAGGAGUUUAAAGAGCACAUUGCUGCCUCUGUUAGUAUUCCCUCUGAGAAACAACGGCUCAUUUAUCAGGGACGAGUUCUGCAGGAUGAUAAGAAGCUCCAGGAAUACAAUGUUGGGGGAAAGGUUAUUCACCUGGUGGAACGGGCUCCUCCUCAGACUCCGCUCCCUUCUGGGGCAUCUUCUGGGAUAGGAUCUGCCUCAGCCACUCAUGGUGGAGGACCCCCGCCUGGUACUCGGGGGUCUGGGGCCUCUGUUCAUGACCGGAAUGCCAACAGCUAUGUCAUGGUUGGAACCUUUAACCUUCCUAGUGACGGCUCUGCUGUGGAUGUUCACAUCAACAUGGAACAGGCCCCGAUUCAGGUAUCACGGGCCUGGGAGGCCCGAGUACGGCUGGUGAUGGCUCAACACAUGAUCAGGGAUAUACAAACCUUACUAUCCCGGAUGGAGUGUCGAGGGGCACCCCAAGCACAGCAUAGUCAGCCGCCCCCCCAGACGCCAGCUGUGGCCCCGGAGCCAGUAGCCUUGAGCUCUCAAACAUCAGAAGCAGUUGAGAGUGAAGUGCCUCCUCGGGAGCCUAUGGAGGCAGAAGAAGUGGAGGAGCGUGCCUCAGCCCAGAGCCCGGAACUCACCCCUUCUGGCCCAGCCCCAGUGGGCCCAACACCUGCCCCAGAGACAAAUGCACCCAACCAUCCUUCCCCUGCGGAGUAUGUCGAAGUGCUUCAGGAGCUACAGCGGCUUGAGAGCCGCCUUCAGCCCUUCUUGCAGCGCUACUACGAGGUUCUGGGUACUGCUGCCACCACGGACUACAACAAUAACCAAGAGGGCCGGGAAGAGGACCAGCGCUUGAUCAACUUGGUGGGGGAGAGUCUGCGGCUGCUGGGUAACACUUUCGUGGCGCUGUCUGACCUGCGCUGCAAUCUGGCCUGUGCGCCCCCACGACACCUGCAUGUGGUCCGGCCCAUGUCUCACUACACUACCCCCAUGGUGCUUCAGCAAGCAGCCAUUCCCAUCCAGAUCAAUGUGGGAACCACUGUGACCAUGACGGGGAAUGGGACUCGGCCCCCCCCAACUGCCAAUGCGGAGGCAGCUCCCCCUGGUCCUGGGCAGGCCUCGUCCCUGGCUCCCACUUCUACCACUGUCGAGUCUUCAACCGAGGGGGCUCCCCCGCCAGGGCCAGCCCCCCCAACCACCAGUCACCCGAGGGUCAUCCGAAUUUCCCACCAGAGCGUGGAACCCGUGGUCAUGAUGCACAUGAAUAUCCAAGAUUCUGGCACACAGCCUGGUGGAGUUCCGAGUGCUCCCACUGGCCCCCUAGGACCCCCUGGUCAUGGCCAGACCCUGGGCUCCACCCUCAUCCAGCUGCCCUCCCUGCCCCCUGAGUUCAUGCACGCCGUCGCCCACCAGAUCACUCAUCAGGCCAUGGUGGCAGCUGUUGCCUCCGCGGCCGCAGGACAGCAGGUGCCAGGCUUCCCCACGGCUCCGACCCGGGUGGUGAUUGCCCGGCCCACCCCUCCACAGGCUCGGCCUUCCCAUCCUGGGGGGCCCCCCGUCUCGGGUACUCUACAGGGUGCCGGGCUAGGUACCAAUGCUUCUCUGGCCCAGAUGGUGAGCGGCCUUGUGGGGCAGCUUCUGAUGCAGCCUGUUCUGGUGGCUCAGGGGACCCCAGGAAUGGCUCCACCUCCAGCCCCUGCCACUGCUUCAGCUAGUGCCGGCACUACCAACACCGCUACCACAGCUGGCCCUGCUCCCGGGGGGCCUGCCCAGCCUCCUCCCCCUCAGCCCUCGGCCGCCGACCUGCAGUUCUCUCAGCUCCUGGGGAACUUGCUGGGGCCAGCAGGGCCUGGGGCUGGCGGGCCUGGCAUGGCUUCUCCCACCAUCACCGUGGCCAUGCCCGGCGUCCCCGCCUUUCUACAGGGCAUGACUGACUUUCUGCAGGCAGCACAGACAGCCCCUCCACCGCCGCCGCCGCCGCCCCCACCCCCAGCGCCAGAGCAGCAGACUGUGCCCCCACCAGGGUCCCCUUCUGGUGGCACAGGGAGUCCUGGAGGCCUGGGUCUUGAGAGCCUUUCACCGGAGUUUUUUACAUCCGUGGUGCAGGGUGUGCUGAACUCCCUGCUGGGCUCCCUAGGGGCGCGGGCCGGCAGCAGUGAGAGCAUCGCUGCUUUCAUCCAGCGCCUCAGCGGAUCCAGUAACAUCUUCGAGCCUGGGGCAGAUGGGGCCCUUGGAUUCUUCGGGGCCCUGCUUUCUCUUUUGUGCCAGAACUUUUCCAUGGUGGACGUGGUGAUGCUUCUUCACGGCCAUUUCCAGCCACUGCAGCGGCUCCAGCCCCAGCUGCGGUCCUUUUUCCACCAGCACUACCUGGGUGGCCAAGAGCCCACACCCGGUAACAUACGGACGGCGACCCACACAUUGAUCACGGGGCUGGAAGAAUACGUGCGGGAGAGUUUCUCUUUGGUGCAGGUUCAGCCUGGCGUGGACAUCAUCCGGACCAACCUGGAGUUUCUCCAGGAGCAGUUCAACAGCAUUGCUGCUCACGUGCUGCACUGCACAGACAGCGGAUUUGGGGCCCGUUUGUUGGAGUUGUGUAACCAGGGCCUGUUUGAGUGCCUGGCCCUCAACCUGCACUGCUUGGGGGGCCAGCAGAUGGAACUUGCUGCUGUCAUCAAUGGCCGGAUACGUCGCAUGUCUCGUGGGGUGAACCCAUCCCUGGUGAGCUGGCUGACUACUAUGAUGGGGCUGAGGCUUCAGGUGGUUCUAGAGCACAUGCCUGUGGGCCCCGAUGCCAUCCUCAGAUACGUCCGCAGGGUCGGCGACCCACCCCAGCCACUUCCUGAGGAGCCGAUGGAAGUUCAGGGAUCAGAGAGGACUUCCCCUGAGCCUCAGCGGGAGAAUGCCUCCCCGGCCCCAGGAACAACGGCCGAAGAGGCCAUGUCUCGAGGGCCCCCUCCUGCACCUGAGGGCGGCAGCAGCGGCUCUCAUGAAGAGCAGGAUGGAGCUGCAGCUGAGACUGAGCCUUGGGCAGCUGCCGUCCCCCCAGAGUGGGUCCCGAUUAUCCAGCAGGACAUUCAGAGCCAGCGGAAAGUGAAGCCGCAGCCCCCCUUGAGCGAUGCCUACCUCAGUGGUAUGCCUGCCAAGAGACGCAAGACGAUGCAGGGUGAGGGCCCCCAGCUGCUUCUCUCAGAGGCCGUGAGCCGGGCAGCUAAGGCAGCCGGAGCUCGGCCCCUGACGAGCCCCGAGAGCCUGAGCCGGGACCUGGAGGCACCAGAGGUUCAGGAGAGCUACAGGCAGCAGCUCCGGGCUGAUAUACAGAAGCGACUGCAGGAAGACCCCAACUACAGCCCCCAGCGCUUCCCUAAUGCCCACCGGGCCUUCACUGAUGAUCCCUAGCUGUUUGCUCUUUGGCUCUCCCUCAUCAGGGGACCAUUUCCCCCAUCUUCCUUCACAGUAUUUAAGGAAUAAAAGUCAGAUUUUCCUGGC